AAUGUCUCAAUCCUUCCGACCUUUUGCCAGAUUAUACGAUUAUUCUCAAGCUUAAGCUUCAGAAUAUGAUGCGUGCACCCGAUAUGCUUCCCAAACUACUGGCGUUGUUGUGUAUGUUUCCCUUUGAGCUAGGUGCGGGUCAGUCCUCUCCCGCUCCCAACUCCACCGUGACAACGUUUGCGUUUCUUCCUCCCACCAUCCUCUCGAGUGGUGUCAUCACCAUUCCGCUCUCUAGUUAUUCAUUCACUCCUUACCCUACACCUACACCUACCCCUACCCCUACCCCGCCUGUUUUCCCCGCCACCGACCCUUUGAAUCCUCCCGAUGUCAGCAGCGAUCGGCACGUUGUGCCUGACUUUGCGCCUGCGUGGGCUACUGCGUACCAAAAGGCCAGGAACCUCAUAUCGAAUUAUACCAUCGAAGAAAAAGUCAAUAUCACUACUGGAGUCGGUUUUGGGGUUGGCUUGUGCAGUGCGAAUAUCGCGCCUAAUAAGAACUUCCCUGUCAUCGUCAAUUUUGCCAAUGUCAUUUCUGAUCAUGUUAUGUAUUAUGACAGCUGGAAUCGCGCUCUAAUGCGUGCUCGUGGCCUGGCUUUGGGUCAGGAGUUCAAAGGCAAGGGAGUCAAUACUGCCCUUGGCCCCAUGAUGAACAUGGGCCGCGUCCCUCAGGGUGGCCGCAAUUGGGAGGGUUUCGGUGCUGACCCUUUCCUGGCGGGCGAAUCUGCGUAUGAGACGGUUUUAGGCCUGCAACACGGUGGAGUACAAUCCUGCGCCAAGCACUUCAUAAACAAUGAGCAGGAGCAGUUCCGCGCGGUGGAAUCCUCGAAUGUUGAUGAUAGGACUCAACAUGAGAUCUACGCGCACCCGUUCUUGCGCAGUGUCAUGGCUGGCCUUUCGUCUGUCAUGUGCAGUUUCAACCUCGUCAACGACACUUACGCAUGCAACAACGACAAGAUGCUCAAUGACAUCUUGAAGCGGGAGUACGGUUUCCAAGGUUUCGUUAUGUCUGACUCUUUUGCGACGACGGCAACCCUCUCUGCUGUUGCAGGGCUGGACAUGACUAUGCCUGGGAAUCUCUAUAACUCCAACACAUCCUACUUCGGGGGUAACCUCACGGACUACGUGAACGAAGGGUACAUCAGUAUGGCUCGCCUGGACGAUAUGGCGACGCGUAUCAUUGCCGCUUGGUACUUCCUGCACCAGGACGAGGAGUACCCUGUGACGAACUUUAAUUCAAAUGAUCCAAAUGAUGAAGUGAAUAACAUGCAUGUGAAUGUGCAGGCUGACCAUUAUAGGAUUGUAAGGGAGAUUGGCGCAGCUGGGACGGUCCUCUUAAAAAAUACGAAUGGCGCGCUACCAUUGAACAAACCCAAGAACAUGGUAUUGAUCGGGAGUGAUGCGGGUCCAGGCAAAUCUGGUCCGAACGAGUUCUUAUUCGGGGGUGGUGUUGAUGGCAUUCUAGCGCAGGGGUGGGGAUCUGGAACUGGCACUUUUUCCUACCUUAUUUCGCCUCUCGAGGGUAUCCAAGAGCGUGCUCGCCAAGAUGGCAGCAGUGUGUCCUGGGACUUUGACGACUGGAACACUGAUCUGGCUGGUACUAUGGCAUUUGGCCAGGCUGUUGCUCUGGUUUUCACCGUUUCCGACUCUGGUGAGGGUAUCAUGACUGUCGAUGGCAAUCCAGGCGAUCGUAAUAACCUCACCGCUUGGAACAAUGGUGAUGACCUCAUCCUCGCUGUCGCCGCGCAAAACAACAAUACCAUAGUCGUCGUGAACAGCGUCGGCCCGCUUAUUGUGGAGCCCUGGAUCGAACACCCUAACAUUACAGCCGUCGUCUGGGCCGGCAUUCAAGGACAGGAAGCAGGUAAUGCUAUUGCUGAUGUGCUCUAUGGCGCAUACAACCCUUCUGGAAGACUUCCGUACACGAUCGCCAAGGAUCCCGCAGAUUAUCCCGCACAACUCGUCACUAAUGGUUCGGCAAGCGAGGUUUUGACAAUUAAUUAUACGGAGGGUGACGCGAAUAUCACACCGCGUUUCGAGUUUGGCUUCGGCUUGAGCUACACCACGUUCUCGUACUCCGCCCUUGGCGGCGGGGAGGCAUCGCCCAUCGCCGAAGGGUCUUCUGCUGCGCUUUGGCUCCACGAGCCCGCAUUCCAGGUCACUUUCAUGGUCACUAACACUGGAAGUGUGUCUGGGACUGAGAUUCCUCAACUUUACAUCCACCACCCGUCUUCCGCUUGCGAACCUCCUUCAGUUCUGAAGGGAUUUACAAAUGUUGAAAUCGCACCAAACGACACGAAAACCUGCUGGCGCAAACCUGACGGCCAGAUCUCGUUUUCUGUUGGCGCAAGCAGUAGGGACUUUAGGUUGUGGGGCGUCAUCCCGGCUUGAUUCGUGAUUUAUAUUCGAGAUGCUUUCGACUUGGCGCAUUGAAUUCAUUUUAGGGUAUUUAUGUGGUAUAAUAAUUUUAACGCAGUAUGGGUUAAAUUAUCAGUGCAGGCGCCCAGAAAAAUUCAAAUGCAUCAACGGAGAGGUUGCAGGG